AAACAUUUUCCAAGGUUGUGAAAGUUGCUUUGUGAUCGUUCCGUACUUCUGUUGAGAUUAUUUCAUAAUAAAUAUUUUCUUACAACCACAAAUCUCUUUGUUUAUAUCUAUGUUGAAGAUAUUCCUAUUGAAGUGUAAGUUUUAAAAUGAGAACUCGAUGUGAAAAACUUCUAGUUCAUAAUAGAGUCUGUAUUUACAGAAACUGUCAUACGAAUUAUCAGUACUCUAUAGUUCUGAUUUCAAAGGACGGGGAGGAGAAUGGUGACGGAUAGACAAUUGUAAAGAACGAUAACAGUUCUAGUUUACGUUUCUCUAAAUAUCUCUCAAUAAAUUUGAUGGGUUUUAUUUAUAACAAAAGGAAAAUUCAUCACUAUUCUUCUUAAGAAUUCAUUGUCAUGGUGAAAUAUUUUGAAUCAAGUACGGUGUUUCAUUUCACAUGGGAGCAAGUUGCUCAAGGAUUUUGGAAACGGUACCCUAAUCCUGAAAGUCAACAUGUUCUGUCUGAAGACACAGUACAUAGGGAGGUGAGAGACAACAAGCUCAUAUCUAAAAGACUGCUUACAAAGACUAACAGACCACCGAAAUGGGGUGAAAAAUUCAUCAGUGCCAGAACUGUCCGAAUAGUGGAGGAGUCCAUUGUCGAUCUCAAGCAGAAAACACUCACCACCUAUACUAGAAACAUUGGAUAUGCUUCUGUUAUGACCGCUGUCGAGAAGGUAGUGUACAAACCGAGCGAGGAGAAUGCGAACUGGACGGUGGCGACUCGCAGUGCGUGGGUCGACUCGAGUGUGUUCGGCUUUGGCCGUGCAAUCCAGGCGUUCGGUUUGGAGCGAAUGAAGAAGAACUGCCAUAAAAUGGUGAUCGGCUUCAACCACGUGCUCAACGCCAUGUUCCCCAAGGCGAAGAGCGACGACCUCGGCCUCGGCCAGAGUGCGGCCACCGCCAAUGCGAGUGCCGUCAACCUUUCCUCAGUCCAAACUGGCAAGGAGAAGCUGAAGGAUGCCGCCAAGAAAGCCUCCGAUCUGGCCAAAGCCAAGGCCGAAAGUCUCUACGCGUCGGCCUCCUGCCACCCUAGCCAGUCGUCCUAGAUAUCGUUACACUAUACAUUUAUUUUACUGCCAUUUUUACCAGAAAUCACAUUUUGCUUCCUCUUCGAGUAAGUUGCUUAUUUCGAUAAUGCAUUCAUUCACUCCAGCUCUCCUACACGAUUUGAUCAAACUAUCUCUUGAUAUUCAUAAAUUUCCUUUCUCAUAUUUGACUCGUAUUUAUAAAUUUACUCAUCUCUCACUUGCGACUUGAGAAGCAGAAGAAUAAAAUAAUGAAUAUUCAACUAAUUACGAAAAUUGAUAUAAAUUUUACGGUCACGGGAAGAGGAUUUGAUUGAUUUUAUCGUAUUAUACUCUCAAAUUCACUCAUCAAUCUACACUUGUCUUGUAUACUAUCUAUUAUAGACCUACACUACCAUAGACUCAAUAUAAACUUGAAUGAAUAUUAUGGCUUAUCAUGGGAACUACAUUUUUAUUAAUAUAUUUUAGUGAGUUAUCUCAUAGGGAUAGAAUUAUUUAGCAUAAAUGGAUGUUUGAUUGUUAGUAAUAAUGGAGAAAGAUGUAGUUCUUAAGGGAUCUUUACUGCAGAAUUCGUCCAUCAAAUUGAUUUCCUCACAUCACAUUGGCUAUCGAUGAACUGUAAUCAGCCGUUUAAAAUGUUGAGAAUAACUUAUCGUGUGAUAAUACUGGUGCCCUAAAUAAUUUUCGAGGAGAUUUUUGAAAUGCUAUCAACCAAUAACUAAAAAGCUUGGACUUUUUGAGAAUAUUCUUACACUCAAGGAGGAUACCUUCAUAUUAGUGCGUGUAAUUCACUAUUUCAAUCUACAUCAGUCUUGUCUGCUCGACCAUAAAUUGAGAUAUAGUAUAAAUAGUGACACCGUGUCCAGUAUAGUAUAACAGUGCCCAGCAGUUUCUAUCUAUUUUCACUUAAUGUUCACUUUAAGGCUGUGCAGAGGCUAAAAAUAAACUUUC